CCAGAAGCGACAACAUAAGUGGUUUCCCUCAACUUCGUCGACACUUGACAAUUCAUUGCCAGCGUUUUUGCGCUAAUUUCAGCAAAACACCUGAAUACAUUCUUAUCAUUAAUUAAAGAAAGCUAUGGCCCCGGAAAUCUCUAACACUGAAGCACCCAGCACACCUCCACAAUCAUGGACGCUGACUAUAGAUGGCCACGAUUUCACUAUGCAAAGAUUAAGCAAUUCCCCGGCGGUAAUCGUGGAAAGGUUUGGCUUGUUAAAGGCGACAAUAUUGUUCCCGAAGCGGAAGCAACAGCCAAACCACGACGCUAUGUCCUCAAAGAGAUCCUCCUGCGGGAUGAGGACGAUGUGCAGCAGCUGGAGGCUAAGUGGGAGCUGCUGCGGAGUAUCCGGCAUGACAACGUUAUACGCUAUCUGCAUGUGGAAAUUUUACCGGAAACGCUGACAAAACCGGCACAUUUGGUGGUUUUAAUGGAAUGGUGCCGCUUGGAUAGUCUGGCCAAUUUGUUCUCGAGGUCCCGACCCGAAUGGUCGACACUGCACCGAUUAAUUAAAGACAUCGUUGCCGGCGUGGCGCAUAUCCAUAGCCAGCACAUUUUCCACGGAGACCUCAAACCGGACAACAUCUUCAUCGACGUGAACGCCGACGGUGAGCUGCUGGCCAAGAUCGGCGACCUGGAUGAUUUUGUGCAGGUGCCUGAAGGUACCACGAACAAAACCGCUCUCAAUGCUACACAGCUCGUCGGCACACUGCGUUAUCUUUCCCCGGAACGACUGCGCAACGAUACCGACAAUGUCCAUGUCAAGCGGAACGCUGACAUUUGGAGCCUGGGCUGCACAUUUCUGGACCUGGUGACGUACCAGAGUGUGUACUUUGUAAAGCCCAAUCAGGAACGUCUGGAGGUGAAAAAGUACAGGAAGGACGAAAGUGCCGUCAAUGCUGUCAAGGAGGUGGCGCAACUGAAUGACUUCCUCCGUACCGGCGGACGACCCUAUGUCUCGCGCAGUCUGCAACCACUGUUAAGGUCAUUUAUUCAGCGCUGCCUAAUCGAGGAUCCGGCGAAGCGACCAAGCGCUAAAGAUUUACAGAACGAUCCCUGGAUCCACAGCGAUCCAGGAAUUCGAUAUUUGGAUGGGGUUUCGUAUGAGCCACACGUGAUACGACUGAAAAAUAACAGCCUACUACCACGACAAGUCGAGGGUGAAAGCGAUUUCGAAAACAUUUCCUGGAACUUACCAUGGAGUAACAGCGCCAAUUGUGCGGUCCGUUUCCUGGCGCAUUUCGAAGCUCCUUUUUUUAAAAGUGACGACGCUGAACAGUUGAUUAAAGAAAGUCCAAAAGCGCUCACUCCCGGAAAACCGUUGGAACAAAAAUACCGAGACUUACUACUGGAAAUCCUUGAUGCCGGUACAGUUAGAGUUACCGAUCCCAUGAUAAAAGCCAUGGCGCCCUUCUUUAUCAAUAACGAUGAAUUUAUGACCAAGUUCACCAAAGGUCUACAACCGGUGGGCGCACCGUUCCCGGAUUUGGUGGGCUGGAUGAACACCUUCGAAAAGGAUUACGAGUACGUCGUGAAGGAAAAUGCGGGUUGGACGGAUAUCCAGUCACAGCUGGACAACGGACAGCCGGUGAUGGUUAUGCUGCAUACCCACCUCCUCCCGCUGCGUCUCCCCAUCAACGGGAUUUUCGGCAACUUUACGGGUCUCCCGGAAAAGAUUCCCUCUUUGGGGAUUGACAUUGUCCAUGGUUAUGUCGGUGACACGGAUGAGAACCGCGCCCUGAUCUGUACCAGUGCCAGCGGUGUGGUGCGGGAGCAGUCGUACUCGCAUUUUAUGGGAUGCUGGCAGUCAUGGAAGAUCGAUGACUGGAUAAUGCAGCGGGUGUUUGAGUGCGCACAAGUUCGUCCACGCACCAUGGUAUACCGGCAAAAAAACCGGUUAUAAACUAGACCAACAACUGACUUGUCUUGAGCCGUACAGAACUGGUGUAAUCAGCCGGUUUAUUAGACGGCGAUAUCGCUGCUAUAGUGCGUCGAAGGUGCUGUGAAAAUCAGUUUUGGUGUCGUACAUUUAUUUGUUUUGUUUGUCAAAACAGCCCACCAGAAAUUCUACUUGUUUCUGACAUUUUACAUUUUUGUAUAAGCUUAUUUGAAUUUUUCAGUCAGAGGUGGAAACAAGGCUUAUAUACAGCCCUACUGAGACUGCUUCGGCUCUGUGCAUUAAAAGUUUAAAACAUUC